AUGCCUGGUUCCUCUGAGGGGAAGAAUGUCAUAAGAAAAGCCUCAAGAGGGAAGACCAGUCAGAAUGACGGCUUCUUAGAGAUUCAUGUGGAAGUUUCUCGAUUUGCUACAUCAUCACGUGCUGCACUGGGAUUGGUGCACCUCUGUGCGCUUGGUGAGCAUAAAAAGCCACGAUGUGAGCCCCUCGCACCAAAGGACAAGAAAAGGAGAGGAGAGCACUUCACACCAAAGGACAAGAAUCAGGCUGUCAUGCUGGAUCUACCAGAACCCCUCACCAACCUGUAUAAGAAGCAGGCAAGAGACCUCAACCUGGCAGAGUUACAAGAUCGAGCGGAAGCACUAUUUGAAGACAUAACUGUAACCAAAGAACAGAGUGAUAUUGUAGAGGAGAAGACCCGAGCUCAGUCCAAGUCCAAAAUCUGUCCCAUAGUUUCACCAGUGAGGCUACCAGAUGGGGAUAAAAAGAUGUCUGUAAAUCAGGCCGUGGGCAUCAACCUGGUCACCAAUUACUCCUGUGUCGGGGUAUUUCAUCAGGAUAAAGUUGAAAUCAUCGACCGGCUGCUUGGACGCAGAUUUGAAGACACCACAGUGCAGGCUGGCAUGAAGGACUGGCCGUUUAAAGUGGUGAAAGAUGAAGGAAAACCAAAAAUCAGAGUGGAGUACAAAGGAGAAGGCAAGAGCUUCAGCCCACAAGAGAUCUUUUGCAUGGUUCUGAUGAAGAUGAAGAAAGGGGCCGAGGACUAUCUUGCACACAGCGUGUCCAACGCCGUCAUCGCGGUCCCUGUCUACUUCAAUGACUCUCAGACACAAGCCACCAAAGACGCUGCUGAGAUGGCCGGUCUCAACGUUCUGAGAAUCAUCAACGAGCCCACGGCGGCUGCUGUGGCCUAUGGCCUGGACAAAGGCCCCUCAGGAGAACGAAACAUCCUUGUCUGUGACAUGGGAAGCAGCACCUUCAACGUGUCGAUUCUGACCCUCAGAAACGGCCUCUUUGAGGUGAAGGCCACAACUGAAGACACCCACUUGGGAGGAGAGGACUUCAACAGCUGCAUGGUCAAGCACUUUGUAAAAGAGAUCAAGCGAAAACACAGGACAGAUAUCAGCCUAAACAAGAGAGCCCUGAAGAAGCUGCAUAAAGCAUGUGAGACGGUCAAGAGGACCCUGUCCUUCAGCUGCCAAGCCAGCAUCGAGAUCGACUCUCUGUUUGGGGAACCAGACUUCUGCACCUCCAUCUCCAGAGCAUGCUUUGAGGAGCUGUGCUCAGACCUGUUCAGGGGAACAUUGGAGUCUGUGGAGAAGGCCCUAAGAGACGCCAAGAUAGACAAAGAAAGUAUUGAUGAUGUGGUCCUGGUCGGUGGCUCCACCAAGAUCUUUAGAGUCCAGAAACUUCUGCAGGACUUCUUCAACGGCCUCAAGCUGAACAAGAGUAUCGACCCGGUUGAGGUGGUGGCAUAUGGGGCGGCUGUAAUGGCCACUAGUCUAACUGGGGGCACCUCCAAGAAGGUCCAGGACCUGCUGAUCAAAGAGUUUUUACAGAAAAUUGAAACAGAAAAGAGCGACGAGCCCAAAGAGUCAGUGACUCUGACUGUCAAAGAUAAAGACCUACUACAACCUCUGACUACAACCUCUGACCACAAGGGGGCGCAGUGCUGCCGUUAUAUUAUAAUCGUGCCUGGUUCCUCUGAGGGGAAGAAUGUCAUAAGAAAAGCCAGAAGAGGGAAGACGUCAGCCCCUCCCUCCUGCUCUGACCCCUCCCCCCUGGCCCCUCCCUCCUGCUCUGACCCCUCCCCCCUGGCCCAUCCCUCCUGCCCUGUGCCCUGGCCCCUCCCUCCUGCUCUGUGCCCUGGCCCCUCCCUCCUGCUCUGUGCUCUGUGCCCUGGCCCCUCCCUCCUGCCCUGUGCCCUGGCCCCUCCCUCCUGCCCUGUGCCCUGGCCCCUCCCUCCUGCUCUGACCCCUCCCCCCUGGCUCCUCCCUCCUGGCAGAGGGUGCAGUUCGCUGCAGCCUUCUCUCUGGGCACAGAUCCACCUGCUCACUCCGGCUCCUGAGCUCAAGAUCCUAUGUGGCCCCUGGUCCCUGGCCCCUAGCCCCUGGUCCCUGGCUCCUGACCCCUGGCUCCUGACCCCUGGCCCCUGGUCCUUAGCUCCUGACCCCUGGCCCCUGGCUCCUGACCCCUGGUCCCUGGCUCCUGGUCCCUGGCUCCUGACCCCUGACCCCUGGCCCCUGGCCCCUCACAGACUAUGA